AUGCUGUUAUCAACUGUUGAGGUUCCAGCUUCCGAUUUGUCGCCUUCAUCGGUCCGCGUGCGACCGCUUUUGCUUAGUUUGAUUUCUAAUAACCUCGCCUAUGCACGUACUGGCGAAAUUCUUCUCCCGGCAUGGGGGUAUGCCACCGUCCUCGAAAGCACGACGGACAUCGCGCUCGGGUCGACUCUGUGGGGGUUCUGGCCGACCUCAGGCCUUCCGACGGACCUCACGCUCGUUCCCGGGAAACCUAGCGGCCACUGGAUUGAGGUCAGCGAGCACCGCAAGCAGCUGAUGACGUACUAUAAUCGCUACGUGGCCGUGAGUGAAGAUGAUUGGGAGCAGAUGGCUUGGACUGCCGCUUUCCGCGCGAUCUGGGGCGCUGGGUACCUGCCUAGCGAGUAUUUUUUUUCUCGCAUGCUUGGCCAGCUUGUCAUCCUCUCGACGGCGCGUUCCCUGACGUCUAAUCUUUUGUGUCGCCCGCCUGGGACAGGGCCGUUGGGUGUUCUGCAGGUUACGUCUGUGCCGGAGACUCUGGAGCAGGCCGCUGAGCAACGGAUUGCGAAGCAUCAGUUGGUAACUGGGCCAGUAAAAGCCUUGGCGUAUUCUGAUGUGGAUCAGACUGUGCUAUGGCUGGCUCGUCUGGAGCCGUCUAAGCUGGUGGUUAUUGAUUGCGAUGCCCCGGGGGAUGUGCUUGUGCAACUUCGCGACCUGGUGCAAGCCCACCCGGAGAUACAGAGUGCCAAGUUUGUGAUCAUCCUGGUUAGUGGCCAGCAGAAGGUAUACACUGAGGCUGACAACCGGGAUUGGUCUACAGCCAUACAACAGCUGGGAAAGAUCCAGUCUAAUGCCUCCGGGGCUCAGGAUGCGGCUAUUGAGCCUGAUGGUCCGAAGGAAUAUUUCACUCGUAUCCACCGGCGGUGGGAGCAAUGGCUUGAUGACCGCGCGUCCACAGUUCCUGACAGGCGUCUGGUCUGGGGGAAAGGGGUUACGGGCACGGAGGGACUCGAUGGAGGGUGGGACCGGCUGACAAAGGGGGAUGUGCGGCCGGAUGAGGCGUUGGUGUAUAUGGUCUAUAUGGAGUAG